UUUGAUAGAUCUAGGAUCUAUGGUUUUAAGUAAUCGACGUGCGGAUUAAGUGAAGUGUCAAGUCUAGGAUUCUCUAACCUCAGCCUGACUUGAUUCUGAUAUCUUUACAACUUUCCUGUUUUGUAAAUCAAAUUAUCGAUAAAAAACCAUUUUUAGAAUAAGAAAUGGCUUUAAGAAGUGUUUCACGAUUAUUGAGCAACCGCGCUCUCAACCAAGUAUACAAAAGAGGAUAUGCUGAUGAGAUGAGUUUCACAUUUGCAGCAGGAAAUAGAGUUUUCUAUGAUUCAAAAGCCGUGAAACAAGUAGAUGUUCCCUCAUUUUCUGGGGCUUUUGGUAUAUUGCCUAAACAUGUACCUACCAUAGCUGUAUUGAAACCAGGUGUUGUAAGUGUAUUUGAGAAUGACGGAAACGUAAACAAAGUUUUCGUAUCAAGUGGCACUGUAACCAUCAAUGAGGAUUCCUCUGUACAAAUAAUAGCGGAAGAAGCUGCUCCUGUUGAUAAUAUAGAUUUAUCAGCUGCUAAAGAUGCUCUUAAUAAGGCACAAUCACAACUUAAUUCAGCAUCAACAGACAGGGCGAAGGCUGAAGCAGCCAUUGCAGUAGAAGUAGCAGAGGCAAUUGUAAAGGCUGCAGAAUAAAUAUUUUAACCAACACAAUUAGUUGUCUCAAGUGAACUGCUCGAAAAUGGAAGUUUUUUUUACAGUCAUGUGUAUGUGAAAGAAAAAUAAAUUUUUUGACUUCCAUAUAUGUGCAUUUAAUCUUAUUCAUGAAUGCAACUGUCAGAAUUCAACAAUAAUUGUAUCAAUUAAAGAUUUGAAAAUCA